UCUAGCGGAACGCUCAUCUCUAGGGGAACAACAACAAAACUGCGACAUAAACAGAGAUAUGAAAAACUAAAAAACGACGAUGUUUAUGUUCCGAAACUGCGCUGUUUUGCUUGUGCUCGGCUCCAUCUGUUGUUUCCUCUACGGCCUGUUCCACUUGUACGUAGAGGUGGAGCCCAAUGCCUGCCGGAUGACCUACAUGUUCGGCGAGCCUAUGUUUGCGAAAGUGGGGGUCAAGGGAGGCGAUCAGUAUCCAAACUAUGGCCUGUACUACUACUACGAGGGCCUGCGACAGCCGCUAGAUCCACUAAAGCGACGGAUGACGGGUGCCCCGGUGAUUUUUGUGCCCGGCAACGCCGGCUCUUUUAAGCAGGUGCGCUCCCUGGCCUCCGUGGCUCUGCGCAAGGCAAUGUCCAACGACGAGGGACUCCAUUUGGACUACUACACCAUCGACUUUGACGAGGAGCUGUCCGCUCUGUACGGAGGCUAUCUGCCUCGCCAGCAGAGCUAUCUAAAACUAUGUAUCCGCACCAUCCUGUCGAUCUACGAGGGCCACGCUGAACAGCCCUCUAUCGUGUUGAUCGGCCAUUCUAUGGGUGGUAAAUUGGCACAGUCGGUGUUAGUAGACCCCGCCAUUGGGCAGCACAUCAAUGCCAUUGUCAGCAUCUCGACGCCGCUAGAUCAGCCCGUGCUCAACCUGGACGCCAAGCUGGACAAGUUCUAUGUGCAGACAGACACUGCGCUUGGCAAGCUGCGGACUGCUACGGUGCCAACGAUGACCACGAAUGUCUGCGACAGUUUGCAUCAGCGGCCGCCGAGUGUGCAUCGAAUGGCUAGCCAGGACAGCUCGGCGCGGCUGGAUAACGUGCUGCUCAUCUCCACGGGCGGCGGCAACAGGGAUCUGCUGGUGCGCCCCGGACUUACCAGUUCGCGGUUCAACGAUCUGCACGCCAUGACCUCAGCUAUACCCAAAGUGAGUCUGAGCUGCGACCAUCUGUCCGCCGUGUGGUGCCUGCAGUUCAUGCAGGCCAUCAACCGCUUUCUCUUCAGCAUUGCCUACAUUCCCGAGGACCGCUCGUCGGUAGUCUUCGGCACCAACAAGCAGCGCAACCUGCAUGCGGCCCUGUCGACUUUUGUGAAGCCACGCAGGCGUCAGCAGAACACUGUGGGGCUCGGAAGCGCGGGAAACUGGCACGAAGAGCGCCGUCUGGUGAUCAACAAGUACUUUACCAACGGACUCAAAGGGACCUUCUUCGAUUUAAUUGGAUUGCAGAGGCAGGAGCGGUACAGAAAGGCUGCCAUCGAGGCCUUAAACGUGGAUGACGAAGUCUGGCUGUUUGGCUGCUCCGCCCAAGAGAACAAUAAGACAGGACAGCUUUAUUGCGAAAAGGCCACCUCACUGAUGCACCUUGUCCAGAGGCUGCCCAACGAAGAUCGCGAUCCCCGGAGCAUCGCCAUCUUGGAUCUGCACAACCUGCGUAAGACCUACGAGCAGUGGACCCAUGUCCUGGUGCGCCUGCCACCGAGCACCAAACGAAUCGGCUACAACCUGGACAUCUAUGACCCCCGAGAGCGGGUCACGGACAUCAGAAUGCCUCGCUGGUACACCAUGGCCAAGCUGCCGCUCGUAAACGAAACUCUGCAGGGCACGCUGCAUCAUAAAGUGCGCAUAUCCGAGAUGGUGGAUCCGUACCAGAGCAUUCGGGUGAUUCUGGAGCCAUUGCAGUGCAUCAGUUCGGAGUUCAGAGUGACCGCCCGGAUAUGUGUCCCCUGGGCAGCGGGCUUCGAACGUUUCCAAACUAUUAAAUCGUUUGACCAGAAACCGCAGUUGUAUGUUAAUGUGCCUACUCUAGUGCCCCGACACUACAACACUACCUUGAAUCCCGUCACCCUGGAUCUGUAUCUGGAUCCCACUUGUCGCUAUCGCAUCAGCUAUGAAUACUCAUACUCCUCGGCUCUGUCUCGACUGGUGCUCGAGUUUUACGGCUGGUUGCCGGCUCACCUGGUUUGCGUGUUACUGAUUGUGCUGCGGAAGCAAGUCGAGACCUUCCACGAGGUGGGAACAUUCCGCAGCCUGCGACCGUAUGUGGGUUACCUGCAGUACACCUCGCUCUAUGUGGUCACUGCUUGUCGUCUGCUUAAAAAGCUGAUUAUCACCACCCGCGUGCUGCCGGAGCCAGAGCCAUUGGACUACAGCAUCAAUGCCUCGAUUGUGAUCCAUUGCGCCGCCAUCGCCUUGUCCCUACUGGCCGUCCUGGGCACCUGGUUGGCCCUGACGCUUUAUGGCAACGCCUUCUACCGCCUGGCCCUGCGGAUCACACGCCUCUCCCAGGCCACCUCCAACGUGAUGAUCUCGAUCAUGACCCACUUGCCCAUCACGUACGGCAUCCUGACCAUUGCCACAGCCAUCGGAACCUGCAGCGGAGUUGGGCUCCUCCUGGCCUUUGUCUUCUACUUCCUGAUGCUGUCGAAUGCUUACAAGGACUAUCUGGAGGACUUUCUGUGGCAGAAGGCGGCGAAUUUGGUGCGUGGAAAACCUGCUUCUGUGGCUUCCACGGAGUCCUUAAGCGGCGAAGAGGCAGCAGGGGCGGAAGUUGCUGAACAGGCGGCGCUGGAGCCGAAGGACGAACAGCAGCAGGAGGAAGAAUCUGAGGACUGCGUGGGCCUGCAGAACUUCUCCUUCCACGUCACUUUGCUGUUGCUCCUGCUCGUGCAGCUGCUGCUCAACGGUCCCAGUAGUUUGGCCUGGGUGCGCAGUCGUCGAAAUGCCAUUGACCUGCCUGACCCGAGCUUGUAUCCGACCAUAGUGGUCCUGGGAUCACUUAGCUUGCUCCUGCAGCUGCGGGCCCCCCAGAAAUGCCAGGGCUACUGGAUGCUCUCCAUCGUGUUCUACGUUCUGGCCGGCGUGGUUCUGCUCUACUGCCAGGCGGCCAUCUACAGACUGACCUUCGUGAUUGCCGGCACCUUCGCCCUGCUGGCCGCCCAUCAAAGCCUCUGGAUCCUGUGGCGCCGCCUGUCCUAAGCCCAGUUUCAGCGUUUGUCCGCAUGUGUUAAUUUGUUAUUUAUUGCUACGUUAGUUAAUUCAAUCCGAGUUGGGCGUCGUGGCCACUGGCUUAUGUAAGCCGGCUGGUCGCGAGGCAAAUAAGCCCAGGUCGGGAUAUCUGUUGGCGGGAAGUCCAAACUGGGCCCGAAUGGGCGUUGCUCUCGAUUUGCCUCGAUCGCACAUUACACGCAGUAAACGUUUGACGCCUUUCGCCGCCGCUUUUGGAUAACGAUACCUCGUUAUCUCGGGAGGCGCACACGUCAAUCGCCAAUUGGGGUAAAUGUGUGAAAAUGACCAUAAACCGCAGUGCCGGUGGCCACACUCUCCAUCCAGAUUCUUGUUUCCUUUUAGCCAAAGACUUAACUCAUAGUAUUUGUUUAGCCCCCUUCGACAUUAUUUUGCCUGAGAUUCCGAGAUAUACAUAUCUGUUUUUUGUAAUCCCCAACAAACGUCUGAUAAGGUUGUGUAAAGUUUUUUUUAUAUAUCAGUUUCCUUGAAAGUGAAGACAAUAUUUAUUAUUUGUAGGUUUUUAAUUCGUCCACUAAUUGUAUUUUAAACAGUUACUUCCGAUCAACUAAUGCACAAGAGCCAAUAUAGAGCAAUAUAUAUAUUGUAAAUGUUCUCCCAAGUCAUUUUAGUUAGGCAGUUAUUAUAUGCAAAUAUAAUAAAACAGAUUUGCAAACUUAAAA